AUGGCGCAACCAGAAAUACCAACCUCAGAUAUGUCUCCGGCAAAUUUUGGGAUACCGACCCCACCGGCGAAUGAGAUUUCAGAUGGGAAGAAUCCAUUCUUCUCAAGCCCGGAUGUCUCGACCGAUAAAGAAGGGAAGAAUUCCAUCCUAUCCACUUCCCCUUCUACACAUGAUGCUGCUGAUCCUUCAUCAGAACCUACAACCCCUGAAUCUUUCGUCUACUCCCAAUCAAAAUCUCGGUAUUAUAUAAAAGAUCAAGCGUUAGUUCCGUUCCUGAUCGCGAAAAUAGCCGAAGAAAAUAAUAUUAAAUUACCAGAUCCUUCACCAUUUCAAUGUGGUGGAAAUUAUGGUGGAAAUUUACCAAUCUCCGCCCCCCCUUCUGUUUGUGAAUCCGUCUCAUCCCUUCCCGAUCUGUCAGAUUCCGCGUCCACGCCAAUCUCUCACGAGGAGGAUUCAUCAGAUUCGGUUACGUCGGAUCGGCCCAACGUGAUGUCAUCUUCCGUCACGUCAUCGGGCGCAGCAUCCGGUUCUAUCUCGUCGCCUAUCAUCACAUCACCAUCAAGCAUCACCAAAACGUCAUACAGUGCCCGAGUUCUGCAAAGGCUUACCAACUCAUCAACCAAUGCCGCUUCGGUCAACGCCAUCGUUGCCGCCGCGGCCGCACCUAGAAUGAAGCAAAUUCCAAACCGAUCCAUUAGAAGAAGUAAGCGCAAAGGGAUUCCGUACAAGUCCCCAUGUCAUGAGGACUUGUUACGUGAACCUGGAUUCGUAUUUAGCUUUCCGGUCCUUUUCGGUAAUGCGAUACCUAAUCAAUUCGAAAGUGAGGGCAACGAUAAGAAUGAAACAACGGAGAGAGAGACCAAUACGGAGACGGGAUCACCAACCGUCGUUGACAAUGAGCCAUCAUCAGAAUCGUCACAGAAUUUAAAGAGUAAAGGCACAACGAUCAUGCCAAUGCAACAUGUCACGAUCGAUCACAAGAAUCUUGCCGCAAAGAUAAUUCAUCGUCCUGUAUUAUUGCCAGAUAUCGUGCGUUCGUUAACUCAAGCAAGGCGAUCAAAGAUGAGAAGACCCGUAACCAGGGCAAAAAACAGGAGAGAGAAUCAAGAACUGGAGCUAUUGGGACUCGAACAUAUGAUGGAUUCUCCGAACGGAAAUGCGACGGCGGGUGAAGAAGGAAGGGUGAACCGAAAGCGACGCGUCCCUACGGUCGGUCGUCCCUCAAAAAAGCCAAAUUUGCUUUCAUCCGGUUCCCAAGCUCCCAGAUCGUCCAACUCCGGUGAGAAUAAGUCUCCUCGCGGUUCUUCUUGUUCUACAUCUCCUGCUUUCUACCGCAUUCCGUCCAAACGUCGUGAUUCUAUGUCUGUAUCAUCGCUCUCAUCUAUUCCUUCAUCAGAACUAAGUGAUUUUGAUCUUAAUUCAGAUAAUUUUGGGGAUGAUGAAGACGAUCCAGAUUUCGCUCCUCCGGCUAAGAAACGAAAGCCGGAGUUGCAAAAGGGUCCAAAAGCUCCCGGUAGAAAAGAAUCUAGCAGCAAGGUAAAGGUUUGUGCCAGCUGUAGGACUAAAAGCACUCCGUGCUGGCGUCCGGGCUGGAGUACCGAUCUCAUGUUGUGUAAUAGCUGCGGAUUAAGAUAUAAGAAGACAAAGUGUGUUUGCACUAAUCCGGAAUGCAGAUAUAUUCCACUAAAGACCGAAUACAACGCGAUGCUUAAGAAACCAAAGAAUGCCGACCCAAUCAAAUUAAGCAUUUCUCAGAUGUUGCCUUCUUAA